GGCACUUUAUUUAAAAGCCACAAGGUCGAAGCUAUGUUGGCGUUCGGCCUUCUCAUCUUCUUCUCUUCUGUGUCAAUAAAUGAAGCAGUAAGUGUUCCUGGAGUGACGCCGAAUGAGUUUUAUAAGGGGGAUUCUAUUGAAGUCAGGGCUGUAAAGUUGACUAGCUACUUAACUCAACUCCCUUUUGAGUAUUAUAAACUCCCAUUUUGUCGUCCGAAGCAGUUAGUUGAGUACCCACCAGAGAAUAUUGGUGAGAUACUUCGCGGUGAUCGUGUCGUCAAUACUCCAUAUUCGAUAAAAAUGGCCGAAAAUACAGGUUGUUCUGAAGUCUGUCCACCUCUCACUUUAAGCGGUGCCGAUGCCGUUCUCCUGAGGCACUUCAUUCUGAGCCAGUAUUCUGUUCAUCUGUCUAUCGAUAACCUUCCUUGCGGAACCAAAGUGUCUUCUGGUAACGGAAAAACCUUUCGAUAUGAGCACGGAUACAGACUUGGGUCAGUUGUCGAUGGAGUGGCUUAUGUUAAUAAUCACCUAAAGUUUAUACUGCAAUACCACCAAACUGAUGAUGGUCACUACCGUUUUGUCGGCUUUGAAAUCGAACCCAUGAGUAUUUCCGAAAAAAACCUGCACAUGGAGAAUGGGGUGUGCAAAGAUUUAGAUUCAGAUAUAUCGAUUGCCAAUUGGAAAAAGAUUGACGGAAAGGAAACCGUAAUACAUUUUACCAGCGAAGUUGUUUGGGAACCAUCAGACAUAAAAUGGGCUUCGCGCUGGGACAUCUAUCUCAAAACAGCAAGUGGCCAAUUACAUUGGUUUUCAAUCAUUAACUCUGUAGUUAUUGUACUCUUUCUUACCAGUGUCAUAUCCAUGAUACUUAUCCGAACUUUAAGGAGGGAUAUUGCCAAAUAUAACCGCAGUGAUGAUGUAGAGGAUAUUUUAGAGGAAUCAGGAUGGAAAUUGGUACAUGGAGACGUUUUUCGACCGCCACGACAUACGCGAUUAUUUACAGCAUUAUUUGGAUCUGGUGUCCAGUUGUUCUUUAUGGUUUUCAUUGUAAUAUUUUUUGCUAUGCUCGGGACAUUGUCGCCAGCUUCUCGUGGUGCACUUAUGAACGCAGCCAUAUUCACAUACGUGUUUAUGGGACUUUUUGCUGGAUAUUUUGCUGGAAGACUGUAUAAGACAUUACGUGGGCCAUUUUGGAAGUCCACCGCAGUAGCCACCGGAUUGCUUUUUCCAGGAAUCGUGCUUGUAUUUGGACUGGUAAUAAAUACUUUUAUCUGGUACAAAGGAUCUUCUGCAGCUAUUCCAUUCACUACACUGCUCGCGUUGUUGUCAUUAUGGCUAGGGAUUUCAUUACCGUUAAUUUAUAUCGGAUUUUUCUUUGGUUAUAGAAAACGUGGAUUUGAACAACCUAUUCGCACUAAUCAAAUUCCUCGAGCAGUUCCUGACCAAAGAUUUUGUCAUAAUUUGUUACUAUCUACACUUUACUCUGGAGCUCUACCAUUUGGUGCAGUCUUUAUCGAAGUUUUCUUUAUAUACAAUGCUAUCUGGGAAAGUCAGUUCUACUAUUUGUUCGGAUUUUUAUUCGUUGUAUUCAUCAUAUUAAUUAUUUGUUGUGCACAAGUAGCAGUUGUUGCUACGUAUUUUCAGUUAUGCAGUGAAGAUUAUCACUGGUGGUGGCGCACUUUCAUUACAUCUGGUGGAGCGGCAGUUUAUCUGUUCGGAUAUUCGUUCUUCUACUUUUUGACAAAGCUUAGUAUAACUGAAUUCGUUCCUACAAUUAUAUACUUUGGUUAUAGUAUAUUAAUGGUGAUCGCAUUCUGGAUCCUAACGGGAACAAUUGGUUUCACUUCUACAUUCAUAUUUCUGCGACAUAUCUAUUCUGUCAUCAAAAUAGAUUAACUUAAUUAUAUAUAUAUAUAUAUAUAUAUAUAUAUAUAUAUAUAUAUAUAUAUAUAUAUAUAUAUAUAUGAACUAAGAUUCAUGACGCUAUUGUGUGUAUUGUUUAACUACUGCAUCAUCAUCGUUUCUACAAUCUUUUUGUACUGUUCCUUCUCUUAUUUACAACACCAUUUGUCCGUUUGUUAUUUCUCUCUUUCUUGGCGUUCCUUCAACUGCCUGAAAUCGAAUAAACUAUAUUUGGUUUGUGUG